CAGCGCUUGAGACAAAGGCGGCGGCGGGGUGCGCAGGCUGCCCUCGGCGGGCGCUGGUCUCAGAGCUCUGCUCUGGCAACUUGGGGCGUAGAGGGAAAAAAAUCCGUCGUCUGUCAGCCUGACCGCGGUAGCGAUCGUCUUCCAGUGUUGCUAGAAGGAGCGCACAAAGAGAGCGGAUUUUUGUUUAUCUGGCGAAGCACAUCAGGAAAUUCCCAGCAAAUAAAUACUGUGAACUCUUUGAAGGAGGAGCUUAGCUGUGGAGUGAAAGCAGAGAAUUUUCUAGUCUUGACACGGUCCUUUUGUGUGUAUGUGCGUACAUGUAUAUGCACUUGUGCGUUUCUGAUGCCUUUUUUGUCUCUGUGUCACCAGCUGUCUCCGUUCUCAGCUUCAGGGAAAUACUUGCUGUACCUGCUGAAGUACACCAGGCUGAGGGUUUUUUCUCAUCACUGAAAGUACAUUAAAAAGCUAAGCAGAGAAAGAACGUAUACCAGCAUUUGGGUACAAUAAUACAUGAAACAAGCCACGUUAUCUAAGUUUAUUUUGGAGAAAAAAAACCUCAUUAGCACUUAACAACACUUCCUGUGAGGCAGAAACGGGAGGGGAAAACAUUGCUUUAAAGAAAUCUGAAGAUGAGUGCCCACACGCAAACUGCAGAGAAAGGACAGAACACGACACUCCUGUGCCAGGAAAGCUAUGUUUGCAGUGGGACAGAUGAAGCAAUCUUUGAGUGUGAUGAGUGCAGGAGCCUGCAGUGCCAGCGUUGUGAAGAAGAGCUGCAUCAGCCAGAAAGGUUGCGGAACCACGAACGGACCCGUAUAAGACCCGGCCAUGUCCCGUACUGUGACUCCUGCAAAGGUGCCAAUGGGAACAUAAUGCAUGCCAGUAUGACAGGAUCAAGGCAGAUAGCAGCAGUGAGGUGCCAGGUGUGCAAAAUCAACCUCUGUGUGGAGUGUCAGAAGAGAACGCAUGCUGGGGGGAACAGAAGGAAGCACCCUGUCACUGUGUACCAUGCUGGCAAAGCCCAAGAACAGGAAGAGGAGGAGGGGAUGGAUGAGGAGACCAAGAGAAGGAAGAUGACAGAGAAAGUUGUGAGUUUCCUCUUGGUGGAUGAAACUGAGGAGAUUCAGGUAAGGAAUGAAGAAGACUUUAUUAAGAAACUGGACUGCAGUCCUGACCAGCACCUAAAGGUAGUGUCCAUCUUUGGGAACACGGGAGAUGGCAAGUCUCACACCCUUAACCACACUUUCUUCUAUGGCCGGGAAGUCUUCAAGACGUCUCCUGCCCAGGAGUCUUGCACAGUUGGAGUUUGGGCAGCCUAUGACCCUGUCCGCAAAGUGGUGGUCAUUGAUACAGAGGGCCUCCUGGGGGCCACUGUCAACCUGAGCCAGAGAACACGGCUGCUGCUGAAGGUCCUGGCCAUCUCUGACCUGGUCAUCUACCGUACUCGUGCUGACAGGCUCCACAACGACCUCUUCAAAUUCCUUGGUGAUGCCUCGGAGGCUUAUUUGAAACAUUUCACCAAGGAGCUAAAAGCUACCACAGCUCGCUGUGGCCUAGAUGUUCCUCUGUCAACUUUGGGUCCAGGUGUCAUCAUCUUUCAUGAGACUGUGUACACCAAGCUGCUGGGCUCUGAUCAUCCUUCUGAGGUUCCUGAGAAGCUCAUUCAGGAUCGGUUUCGGAAGCUAAGCUGUUUUCCUGAGGCUUUCAGCUCAAUUCACUACAAGGGAACAAGAACAUACAAUCCUCCAACAGAUUUCUCCGGGCUUAGGCGAGCUGUGGAGCAGCAGCUGGAGAACAAUACCACUCGGUCACCUAGACAGCCCGGGGUUAUCUACAAAGCACUAAAAGCUUUAAGUGACCGGUUCAGUGGGGAGAUCCCUGAUGACCAGAUGGCUCACAGCUCUUUCUUUCCAGAUGAAUAUUUCACAUGCUCCUCUGUGUGCCUCAGCUGUGGGUGUGGCUGUAAGAAGAGCAUGAACCAUACAAAGGAAGGAGUCCCUCAUGAAUCCAAAAGUCGAUGCAGAUAUUCUCACCAGUAUGAUAACAGAGUCUACACUUGCAAGGCCUGUUAUGAACGAGGAAUGGAGGUCAGUGUGGUGCCAAAAACCUCUGCUUCCACGGAUUCCCCUUGGCUGGGCCUUGCCAAGUAUGCCUGGUCAGGGUACGUGAUCGAGUGCCCCAACUGCGGGGUGGUGUAUCGCAGCCGGCAGUACUGGUUUGGCAACCAAGACCCUGUGAACACUGUAGUGAGGACAGAAAUUGAGCAUGUCUGGCCAGGGACUGAUGGAUUUCUGAAAGACAACAACAAUGCAGCCCAGCGUUUGUUGGAUGGCAUGAAUUUCAUGGCUCAAUCAGUAUCUGAACUUAGCCUGGGACCUACAAAAGCUGUGACCUCCUGGUUGACAGACCAGAUUGCCCCAGCUUACUGGAGACCUAACUCUCAGAUUCUGAGUUGUAAGAAGUGCAACACGCCUUUCAAAGAUAAUGACACAAAGCAUCACUGCCGUGCCUGUGGGGAGGGCUUCUGUGAUGGCUGUUCUUCCAAGACCCGUCCAGUGCCUGAGCGAGGCUGGGGACCAGCACCAGUGCGCGUGUGUGACAACUGCUAUGACAACAGGGGCAUCCAGUUAGAUGUAGCUGAACUGCCUUCAGAUGAGGAAGGGGGGACACUUAUUGCCAGGAAGGUGGGGGAAGCUGUGCAAAACACGCUUGGAGCGGUGGUGACAGCCAUGGACAUUCCUUUAGGCCUGGUAAAAGACGCUGCCCGACCUGCAUACUGGGUACCAGAUCAUGAAAUCCUGCACUGCCACAACUGCCGGAAGGAAUUCAGUAUCAAACUCUCCAAGCACCACUGUCGGGCCUGUGGCCAGGGAUUCUGUGACGAGUGCUCACACGACCGCAGAGCGGUUCCCUCUCGCGGGUGGGAUCACCCAGUCCGAGUCUGCUUUAACUGCAAUAAAAAGCCUGGUGACCUUUAACCCCAGGCUGCUCUCCAGAUCUUUGCAAUUCCUUAUGUUCUCAGGGUUAAAAUGAAAAUAUAUGGUCUCCCUUUCACCUUCUAACCUGUCGCAGCCAGAGUGCAUGUUUCCAGUUUCUGGCCUCCUCUCGUGUUAUAUCCAUCUUGGAACACUGGGAAUGAGCUUACAUUCAGCCUCUAGGUUUUAAGUUCAAAUUAACUGGGAAAGGGAGGGAGCUCCCUUGUAAAUCAGCAAACCAAAAUCUAGUG